UGCCUUCAAUCUUUGAACACGGUAUUCCAGGAAUGUAUACGACCUCCAUGCCAAUGCAGACAAGCCACGGCUGUUCCUUUCAGGUUUGUGUUCACAGGCCGCAGUUCAACAUCACAGAAACCGCGGAGCUGAUUUCGGGUCUUCUGAUUAGGCCGUACACCAAUGGCUCCGUGAGUGUGGAGGCACGCCCUGAGGAAAUCACCAUCACAUACAUAGAGCCGGGAUGGUGCCCUGAGCGGGCGGAGUUGACCGAGCGGGGCCUGUAUGUGUGGCCACAGACUGAGGCUCUGGGGCGGGUCAGCCAGCCCUGUAAAGGGGCUGCCACUGAGGAGGCCUCCAGAGUCUGUGGGGUGAAUGGGACGACGGGCAAGGCGACCUGGGCUCCCCCAGACCUGCAGCUCUGUCCAUCAGUGGAGACCACCAUCUCAGAUCUGAGCCAGAUCAACAUCACUGCCAAUAACUCAGUGGAUAUGGUGGACAUAAUUGGGGACCUUAUGGGAAACAGCAUGCACCUGCCCCUCUCCCUGGUUGAGAUUGUACUGGACAAGCUGGUGGAGGUGGUGAAUGUCAGCCAGGUCUCCUCCUCCAUGGCUUCGGAUAUGGUCAGCAUCAUCGAUGACAUCUUACAGCACGGGAGCGACCUGUCGUCUGUCACCAACAAGAUCCUGAACAUUACAGGCAGUAUUGGGGACAAGGUCUUGUGUGAUGGGUCCGCAUACAACACCACCACACCCUCCCUGGCCCUGUCACUCGUGAAUGUGAACUCAUCCCAGUUUGACGGCCUCACCUUUGGGGUGUCCUCUUUCUCCCAUGGCCUGGACCCCAAGAUCUACAUCAAUGAGAAGCUCCUGAAUGACAUGGUGGCAUUCAUCUCUCUUCCGCAAGAAGUAGAGGACUUCUUUCCCCAGGGCGAAGGGACCCAGUCUCGCAUUCAGUUCCAGUUCUACGGGACGCCUGAUCUCUUCCAGGACCCUGGAAAUGGGCUGGAACUGUACACCCACGUGGUGUCGGCAAGUAUCACAAAUGCCACCAGGGACAUCAAAGACCUGGAGCAGUCGGUCAGGGUCACCCUCCACCACCACACACCGAACGAGCACAAGGAUAAGGUGGAGUGUGUGUUCUGGAACUUCCACAGUAAUGGCAAUCGAGGUGGAUGGGACAACACAGGGUGUGAGAGGAACAGCACCACUGCCAACCACACCACCUGCCUGUGUAACCAUCUUACACACUUUGCCGUGUUAGUGGACAUGUCCAGGUAUAAACUUAGCAAGAAGGACGAGAGGAUCUUGAGUGUCAUCUCCAACCUGGGCUGCGGCGUCUCCAGUGUGUUCCUGGGCAUCAGUUUGCUGACAUACUCAGCAUUUGAGAAGCUGCGUAGAGACUACCCAUCCAAGAUCCUCAUAAACCUGUCCCUGGCCCUGCUGGGCCUCAACCUGGUCUUCCUGGUGAACUCGUGGCUCUCCUCCUACGGAAACGUGCUGUGCGUUGCCGUGGCAGCCACCCUGCAUUACUUCACCCUGGCCUCCUUCACCUGGAUGGGCCUGGAGGCCGUGCACAUGUACCUCGCUCUGGUCAAGGUCUUCAACGUCUAUGUACCCUCCUACAUGUUCAAAUUCUGCAUUCUGGGCUGGGGUGUCCCGCUGGUGAUAGUCGGCACGGUCCUGGCAGUAACGCCGGAGGCCUAUGGUAGCAAGCUCUAUGAAGACAGCCCAGAGUCACCCGUCAGCACAGAGCAAUUUUGUUGGGUCCAGCACAACGUGGUGUUCUACGUUUCCGUGGUGACCUACAUCUUUCUGAUCCUGAUCUGCAACAUUUCGGUGUUCGGGCUCGUCUUGGUUCAGAUUCGGAAAAUGCAGGUCAACAGGCCAGCAGGCACCCAAAAUGGCCUAUCGCAAGACCUGCGCAGCGUGGCCAGCCUCACCUUCCUCCUUGGCCUCACCUGGAUGUUAGCUUUCUUCUCCUGGGAACCAUUCAAAGUGCCCCUGUUCUACCUGUUUGCAGUCCUCAACAGCUUGCAGGGGUUCUUCCUCUUCCUGUUUUACUGCCUGAUGAAGGAGAAUGUGCGCAAGCAGUGGAGGGUCCACCUGUGCUGCGGCCGUUUCAGAUUGAACGACCAAUCAGAAUGGAGCCGGUCCAUAGGGGUCGGCGGGAAAUCCAAACCGAACCAGAUGGGCCGCACGCCGUCCGUGAAAUCCGACGAUUCCAACGAAACCAGAAGAACCUCCAGCUCUUCCAACUCUGGUCAACAGCAGCCCAGUAGCUUCCGGACCAGCCUGGACCUGAUGUAUGAAGAUGGUGUGGUUUUUCCUCAAACCUACACGGGCGCCUCCAUUCCCCCGUUCAGAGAAGCCCCUCUGUACUCCACCCACAGAUUAAGACACUGAGAUGCCCUCCUGGAGACGCUCAGUCCUCCAUUUUGAGAUCUGUCAGGGAAUCAUGUGCUGCUAUUCUGUCCUUUUUUUGCUUCUCGUUUCCUCUGUUUGCUCUUCUUAUUUUAUCUUGCUACCAAGAGUUUUGUGUUUUUGUCUGGAUGUUUUUUUUUUCAAAUUUACCUGGAAACUAGUUGGUGAAAUGAAAAAUUAACUGCAUUAUAUGGCCAUCAAAUAGAAUUCCAUUUGAAAUUAUUUGAAUAGAUUAGGAGAUCAACAAUUAUACUGUAAAACAUUCUGCGGCUUACUGUCUGUACAAUUAUACUGUGAUAUAUGAUACAUAAUUCUUUUUAGCAUAUUAAUAUUAACAUAAGAAGUACAUUUUAGGAUUUCUAUGUACAAUUUCAUCACUAAAAAUUUGAUUUUCUUUGGAUUUUAGCUUUGCAUUAAUACCCACUGUUUUAUUAUUUGACAUGUAAAAUGAUUUUACAGAAAAUAUUAAUAGUUUGGUUGUGUUUUAACAAGGAUAUUAAAGGACAUAUUCUUAUAAGUAAUAUAUUUUUUUACAUCGAUUUUGCUUGCUGUUCUAUAACUAAUGUCUAUAAGCACAGUUCAACUACUGAAGCCAUAUAGUUUGCAGUAUACAGUAUUUGGCAGUGUUAGGGCACACCGGCGGAUGGAGGCUUAGACAAAGCAGCCAGGACGUUGAAGUGGAGCAAGCAGUAAUUUAUUUUACAGGUGGUUCCCAAACUCUAGUGCAGAAUACAAACAGUGCCCUAAUACCCAACAAAAUGAAUAUAAGAACAGUACAAAAAUAAACAAAAUGUGUAUGCAA